CUGUCUCAGACCUGUAGUGCGAUGUUUCCUGCCCCACAAGAGGUUCUGUUUCGGGGGCACCGAAAAGCAGCAGGCUGCCACGGCGCCCGCCUUAGAGCUGGUUCAAGUGCAAAGUUGCCAGCCUAUGCGGAUUGUAGGCACGAAACUGCGAGAGCCUCGGGCUAAAAAAGACGAUAUUCUUUGCGGACAUGGCGUGAGACACGCUCAGAAACGGCAAUGGAGACGAGAACGAAGUCGGUGCCAUUCUUCCUGUUCUCUGUGCAUGUUUGCUCGUUGUCUUCACCUCGAAGACGACGAUAAAGGCGGUUGGUGCUCGGCCACGAGUUUUUGGCUGUCGGGCGUUUCACUACGGCGUUGGCUGCUAUAUCUGCGCCCAAUUGGGUCCAACAAGUUGUUUCCGCGUGCGGGUUAGGCUGCUGUUUCCACACACACUCGACUUCUCAUUUAGUCUAGUCCAGCCGGGUUUCCCCGUCUCGGUCCCGCCACUCCAACGCCGAUAGCCGGCUGUCUGCCUUGUGAGGCCCAUCGCUACCGUAGGCUGCGGUCUCAGUUCGCUUUUCCGCGUUUUGUGUUUCUGUGUUUUUGAGCAGGGCGAACUCGGAGUGAAAUUUGAAUCUUUCACCCGUUGUGUUUGCCCAGGCUAGCCGGCGGUGCCGUUGUCCGUACCCUGACACGUCGCACCAGCAACCGCAACGGAAACGCGCAGUCGAUCUUUCCGCCUCUAACUCCAUGUUUUCUUUCCAGCCACCUUUUCUCUAACUGCACCGGCAACUGCUACCACCGGAGACAAUUUGCCGUGCUGGAGAGAAACGGAAGCGCUUUUCGGGUGUUGGCUCGCCGCCGCAGACCCCGAGUUUGUGUGGCAAGAACCGUCGGGGGUUGUGGGGAGCCAUGCAGCCUAUUUCCCAAAAGAAAGGUGAACGCCUUCGCUUGCUUACUGCGUAUUUUCCCAUUGUCGCUUAUCUACAUCCGUAGCGGAGUGUUUGUUGUUCGCCGCCGGGCACAACGCACGAGGUGUCUCGUCGCACCGCCGCCUUGUUAGUACUCGCACAAUCGCAGCAGCGAAAAUUCUGGAGUUUUCACCGUUCAGCUCUCGAUUCGCGAUGGCACUUCUCACAGAAAUCGCCGCCCUAUGGGUGCGCGAUUUGCUCCGAAGGACCCUAGGAGGGAGGCCCGAGCAGACAGCUUGGCUGCACCUGGGGUACUGGGAAGACCCCAGGCGCAGCUCCCAAGUCGCAGCAUUCUGCUCUCGCUAUCUCUGGGCAGGCGCUGUUGUCUACCUUGCAACUUUGGUCUCUCUUUCCCUUCUCUUCAAGUCUGCGAAACGGAUGAAGAAUGCUCACGGACAACAGGCUCACGCCGACGGCAAACGCGACAGCAAAAGGUGCUCGGCGCCGGGUUCCACCCCCUCUCUGGUCUACAUGAUCUGGAACGCCGUCGUUAGCUUCGUCGCUUUCCUGGCACUCUCCGCUCUGGUUAAAGAGGACGCGUCGACGUUCCUGUCGCCACUCUUUCGCCUGCCGUCCAAUUACAGGCCUGUGACUCGGGCCGUGGUGUCUUUGGUGGCCCCGGGAACUUUCGCGUUCUUUUUCGCAGACACGCUUCUGUGUCUGGCUUUGGAGCGUUCACGUCUCACGUUCACCCACGUUGCAGGUCAUCUGUAUUUUCCGCUUUUCCUCAACUACUGUGUCGAGACGGGUCUGUCGGCAGUCCACACACUCGUGCUCCUCCAUCUCGCAGGCCUCGCUCUUGGACGCGCCUUGGCUGUGUCCUCAGCUGCGGCCUUCUUCGUGGCUGCGCCAUUUGCGCGUCGUGAAGGAGAGCCUCGCUCUGCUGCAAAGGGCGUCCUCGCCGAGCAAAGAAACCGCGCCUCAGAGUCGACCCACAAACACCAGAGAGGCGAGAGCAAACGCGCCUGUGAAGAGCGUGCAAGCUCGGAGAAGGGAGAAGUCAGCAGCGCUGCAGAAAAAGAACGAGAGACAGAUGAGAGCGGCUUGUGGGCCUUUUUCACAUGGUGCGAACGCGUCCUGGAGGUCAUGCAGUCGUGGGUCACUGCUGCCGUUUGCUGCUGUGCCUUGUACGAUCCGACGACGGGUCUUCUCGCUGGAGCUUCUUCGAUGUGGACUGCAUGCAAAUGGGGCGUCAGCAUGGAGACUCUUCUCUCCUACUACUCCAUCAGCAUGUACUUGAGUCACUACCACAAGGAACUCCGGGCCUUCAUGUUCACCUUCCUGGUGUACUUCCACAUGUUUGCCUUCGUCGGCGUUCUCAUGCUUCUGAGUCAUCGAUCAGCGUGGCAUCUCUUCUUCGAAGUUAUCGGAUUCUACAUGGUCGGUGGCCUGGGCAUCACUUGCGGCGCUCAUCGCUUGUGGGCGCACCGAUCGUACAAGGCAGCCUUGCCGUGGCGAAUCUCCAUGUUGAUUCUCAACUCCUUCGCCAACCAAGGCUCCAUCUACCACUGGUCUCGCGACCACCGUGUCCACCACAAGAAUUCAGACACAGCAAGCGAUCCGUACGACUCGUCAAAGGGAUUCUUCUACUGCCAUAUGGGUUGGCUGCUGUACAAGAAGCCCCAAGAAGUUCUAAUUGCGGGGAAAGACAUUGACUGCAGCGACUUGUUGGAAGACCCGUGUGUCGUGAUCCAGAGAAAACUCGAUCCGUGGUGGAACCAGUUCUUCUGUUUCGUUCUCCCGGGGAUCUACGGCUACUACGUCUACAACAGCUUCUGGCUCGGCUUCUUUGUCCACGGAGCUCUUCGCUGGUGCAUGACACUGCAUGCAACUUGGACGGUGAACAGCGUCGCACACUUUUGGGGAGACCGGCCGUACGCUCCCAAGACGCGUCCCAGUGAAUCGAUUUUUACGUCCUUCGUUGCCGUCGGGGAAGGCUGGCACAACUGGCACCACAUGUACCCCUAUGACUACGCAGCUGCCGAGGGUGGCGUCUUCGAAAACUACAACCCGUCCAAACUGGUCAUCGAUGCGGGAGCGCUUCUGGGGCUCGUGUGGAACCGGAGAAGAGCGACGACGGCCUGGCAGAGGGCGAGGGAAAGGCGGGAUGAGAUGAAGAGACAAGAUGAGGAGAAGCUGCUGCAGCGAGCCGGUUCAGACAGGCAAAUCAUUUACAUGGAGUCGAUCAAACAGAUGUUUCCGGCUCGCGUGUACCGCAUCCACACUUUCGCGAACCUCGCUCUGCUUGCGCGAGAUCUUCUUCUCCUCGUCGGCCUCUCGUUUGCCGCCUACCGCCUUUUGGGCAUCGAGGCACUUCUCGACCGCCUCGACGUUCCUGCGCCGCCUUCGGCCUCGCCGCUGCUGCGGGCGAGUCUGUUCACGCUGCUCGUGGCUCUCGCUGUCGCCUACGCAGUCGGCUCCGGGACGCUGUGGUUCGCUCUCUUUGUACACGCGACGGAGGCGGCGAAUGGAAAGUUUUCUGGAGCGUCUCUGCUCAAUCAUGCCGUCGCGUCUGUCCUCCAAGCUGCCAUGCUCAUCCCGUACAAACCUCGGCGCGCCGGGGCGCCCUACGAAGUCCCCGCCAUCAGACCGUGCCUCUUCGACAGCUGCUUCCGCUUCGCGCACCUUGCAGGCGCGAACUGCUGGCAGACGAGUUUCUUUGCAUGCAUAGGCGUUUUUGCCUUCCUGGCCUGGCUAGCUGGGUCGUGUGGCUACAGUAGCCAGGUCUUGAUCUUCUACGUCGGUCCCUACCUUGUCUGCAACGCGUGGAUGGCGUACUACUACGGCCUUCUGGAGGGGGGUGGGCCGCACGAUGUGACAAACGAAGAAAACAACAUGAACUUCGACUUUGCGGCGCCCUCGGCUCUCCAGUGGAUGCGCAGUGUCAGCGAGGAGCGACGACGAGGACGCAAAGUCCAUCGCGGCGGUCUCUUGUGGUCGUGGAUCGACCGACUCCACCACGAGCUCCCCAAGAAACAUCUCAUGCAGGCUCUCACAUACGAUGUGUCUCGUCAAGGAUUGGGAGAAGCGUCGCGAAUUCUUCAUCAGCGACUUGCAGUGGCUCCCGAGUUUUCGAGAGACUCUGAGACAGAGCUCGAUCCAGACGCGACGCGUGCGUCGGUGCUGGAGGAAGAGCUUCUGUUAGGUCAGGACCAGAAGGGCAACGAGAAUGUCUCUAUGAAAACUGGAGAAGCCAUCAAAAGAAAAACUCCUGUCCUCGCUCCCAGCGAGGAACUUAGGCGACGCGAAGCAGCCGCCGCCGCUCGCGCGUGUGGAUGUUAAGAAGACGACAGGAGACACUAAAGGAGACAGAGAAGGGGACAUCAAACGAGACGGGGAAGACGAGAGAUGCCAUGUCAAGGCGGAGGCCGGUGGAGGACACGAAGGGAGUCGAAGAUGCUGAAAAAGAAGAAAUCCGUUCUCGUAAAGAGACGCGGUUGGUGUCGCGUGUAAAAGACAUUCGUGUGCAUGUAAAAGACUCACUGGCAGGUGUUUUGUGUCCGUGUUGUCGCUUCUCCUCCCUCUUCUCGGAUCUAGAAAGAACGGGUCUGAGGAAACAGAGGUGACAAGAAUUUCGAGAGAUGAACUGUUCUUCGAGUUGUUUCUCCGGAGUCCUUGAAGAGUGGAGCAUGCUCCUGCUGGUGGCGAACCGCGAGAGCCGACGCUUCUGACUGCUGCCGGCCGGCCUCCCAGGGCGAGGUGCUUUGUGCAGCGAGCGUUUUCUGCUCUGGGAAGAGUUGUGUUUUUUGUGACCCAAGUCUUCGCAGGGUCCAGAGGCGGCUGUCUCCGAGCAUGCAAAUUUUGAGUUCGCCGCCUCGCGUGUGUCUCCUCGACAAAUGGUCUUCAAGUGGACGCGAGGGAGUUGCCAGGGUGUCUCGACACCGCACAGCUGCACAGCUCUCGACGGCGAUUGACCCAGUUCUUCUCGUUUGCCUGACGGCGGCGAGAGUCUCCGAGUUUUUCUCGAAUGGAUCCGCAUGCGUUUUAUCGGAACAAUUCCUCGAGACUCUCUCCGGGAUUCUUUUCUUUCGCGGGCAAACUCACGCGAAACGGAUAGGGACGCAGAGGAGAUGAUGCACGGAGGCGGCGGGGUGGAGUUUGUUCCACCCACCUGAAUUUCCACUUUAUGCAUUAUUUUCGACUUCUUUAAAGAAAAGGGACAGACACAAGAUGCAUGUGAAGGUCCUGUGUUCAUGUACGUGUAUAUAAAUAUAUAUGUAUAUAUAUAUAUAUAUAUAUAUGUAUAUAUAAUAUACAUGUGUACACACGACGACAUGCGCUGUGUGUGUCUCUGCAUACGCGCGCACAUAUGUAUAUCUACGUGUAUUUCUUUGGGGAUCUGAGAGAGGGUAACGCGGAGUACGCUUCCCUGCUUAUUUCCCCCUUCGGGACUUGUUGACAGAGAAAGUGUGAUGCGCUCCCUCGUUGGGUUGACAGUCGGCGAAGCGUCGCUGUUGUCUCUGAUGGAGAUUGUUCUAGUUCGUGCAAUUCCUGGGGAGGUUUGAAGGCGAGGACUUGACAGGAGCUAGAAGAAAAAGUUAUGAAACGCGAAAUUGUUGAGGGAGAAGACGCAUUUUCAGCGUUUCUUUACGCGACAAAUGCACGGCGAGGUCGCCCACGUUGCCGCUUGCUGCUUCGUGUGGGUCUCGUCCUGGCGUGUUGAGACGCCGCGUUUGUGUCGGGGAAAAAGGAAUUUUUUCCAAAGUGAAGCGCCUGCAGUGGCGACAGAAGGCCACUGCCACGGGAUGGGGGGUCCGCGACGCAAAGCUUCACCAAUGUGUACAUUCUUCCGUGUGUACAUUAUUUUUUGCGCCCGUCUGCUCUCUGCAGGCAUGGGAAAGCAAGUUAUUUUUCUGCGUUUGCAGAGUCUUGUUGCGUGGAAAAGAAUCGGGUGGUGAAAAAAGCGUGGCAGCUCCGCACCUCAGUGCAACUCACUCGCCGGUCGCGCACCCGUGUCGUGCGUCUAGACAAAAAGACCUAGGAUUCCUGCCUGUUCGCAGAGUUUAUUUUUCCGGUGCGUUUCGAUGCAAGCGCGCGCGCGUACCUUUGCACCUGGAGGCGAGCGAGUCGUCGCCUUCCGCCUACAUGCAGUUUCUGUCUGUGCACUCUUCGUUUGAGUCUGCGCGCGUUUUCGACGAAACGGUGUGCCUUUUCUCAGGUUCCCAGUAGUGUAAGAAGAGUGCAGUCGCACAUUCAAGGCAUGUCGGUGCGUGCGUGGCUGCACCUACGAAGACGGCGACUGUUGCCGGUCUAGGCUUUGGAACUGACAGGCAGCGAAAGAGUACGAUUCGGUUCUUCAUAUGCGUAUGCACAUAUAUAUAUGUCUGCAUAUAGUGUAUAUGCAUAUGUUUGUGUACAUUCCGGCGUGCAUGUGUUUGUGUUGCGAGGGGACGCGAUAGGAGAGGGAGACGGGGGCGCGUCCAAACGUGCGGCUUCGCCCCCUCAGUCUUUGUUCGAAAUGGGGUUUCGAACUCCAAAGACUUUCUGUCUUCCCGCCUCGCUUUCCCGAUGGGUGUUGUUCUCCUCUCGUGCGAGAAAAGGCCUUCUUCACACACAAAGCGUCUGCAGGUGCAGGAGCUGUCACCUUCGUUUCUUCGUCGCC